CCGUCGAUGCCUAGUGACGUCGCCCGCGCCUUGCUCGAGGUGUUCGUCUGUUGCCGUGCUGUCUAGUGAAGACUGUUUGCUGUUCCAAAUCAUGGCCUCUCGCAGAGCUUUGCACUUCGUGUUCAAAGUGGGAAACCGCUUCCAGACAACGCAUUUUUUCCGAGAUGUCCUGGGGAUGAAGGUCCUGCGACAUGAGGAAUUUGAAGAAGGCUGCAAAGCUGCCUGUAAUGGGCCUUAUGAUGGGAAAUGGAGUAAAACAAUGGUGGGAUUCGGGACUGAGGAUGAUCAUUUUGUUGCAGAGCUGACUUACAAUUAUGGCAUCGGAGACUACAAGCUUGGCAAUGACUUCCUGGGAAUCACACUUGCUUCUAGCCAAGCUGUCAACAACGCCAGGAAGCUACAGUGGCCACUCAGCGAAGUUGCAGAAGGAGUUUUUGAAAUUGAGGCCCCAGGAGGAUAUAAAUUCUAUUUGCAGAAUCACAUUCUACCUCAGUCAGAUCCUGUAUUAAAAGUAACUCUAGCAGUAUCUGAUCUUCAGAAAUCCUUGAAUUACUGGUCUAAUCUCCUGGGAAUGAAGAUUUAUGAACAGGAUGAAGAGAAGCAGAGGGCUUUGCUGGGCUAUGCUGAGAACCAGUGUAAGCUGGAACUACAGGGCAUCAAAGGCUUAGUUGAUCAUGCAACAGCUUUUGGAAGAAUUGCCUUUUCUUGUCCCCAGAAAGAAUUGCCAGAUUUAGAAGACUUGAUGAGAAGGGAGAAUCAGAAGAUUCUCAUGCCCCUGGUGAGUCUGGAUACCCCUGGAAAAGCAACAGUACAAGUUGUCAUCCUGGCCGACCCUGAUGGACAUGAAAUUUGCUUUGUUGGGGAUGAAGCAUUUCGAGAGCUUUCUAAGAUAGAUCCAGAAGGAAACAAAUUGUUGGAUGAUGCAAUGGCAGCAGACAAAAGCGAUGAGUGGUUUGCUAAAAGAAAUAAAGUAAAGGCUUCAGGUUAAUGGAAGACAUCAUGUGAAACAAGCAUCUAUUAUUUCCAUCCAGCACCUAGAAGCCUGCUGUAUCUGCUUAUGAUAAAUGCCCUUACUACUUGUUUGUAUCCUGUACAGGCAAGGAGGCCUGGCUGGUGAAGAUUUGUGUCUUUCAAUCUUUGAAAGUGCUGGUAUAUUUUAGAAAUGAAAUCUGAUUAUCAUUGCUCCAAGUAAAGGAGAAUUCUUGCUAUAAUCUGCACUGUCACUGGAAUGGCACAUUCUAUGUAACUGUAUUAAAUUAGUAACAAAUUAUUUUCUAGACUAGGACAGUUUAUGGGACAUUACCCUUGACUGGGGAUGGAAAGAGUUUUGAUGAGGUGUGAAUCAUCAGAACUGAUAGAUUCUAUUGGAGCAAAUGUUCAAGUAAAUUCAGAUCAAUUGCUUAUAAUGAUUAUAUUCCGAGCACCUCAUGAUAAUAAGCUGUUCUAAUACCUUGCUCUGGAAGGUGGUCUUGACAUUCAGCAUUUUUGCUUUUUUAAUUUUCCUUUUUUUUUUUUUAAAUUCUGUUCCUUGGACAAAAAGACUUAAUUAAACCCCCAUUUUACUUGCUUUUACAUCUUGAGUAGCCAGAGAAAACAGAAGGAUUUAAUGUGUUUUGAUACUCCUGGCUCUGCGCUAAUAUUUUUUAAAUUCUCUCAAGAAAGGAUCUUAAAUAGGUUAAAUUGGGUCAGGGAUUUAUCUCAGUGGCACCACACCUGCCUCACAAGUGCAAGGUCCUGAGUUCGAUCCCCAGUACCAAAAAAAACAAAAAUAGGUUAAAUUAUUUCUUCAGCCUGAAAAAAAUUAUGUUUUCUCUUUGGCGCUACACAAGUAGGUUUUAAUCACUGGGAACAAAAUUGUAUUGGGUAUAUUCAUUAUUAAAUUUUUUAAAUUCUUAUAUUAUGUACAGGUACAAAUUCCCUAUGAUGAAUGUGAUCAUACCAAAAGUAUACCAAUAAAAUUUUUUUAAAUGCUUCUGAAA